UCGGUGGAACUGCGGAAGGAAACUCUGUCUGGAUUAUAACGGGAGCCCGCGCAGACAUGAGCGCACCGGGCAAGAGCGCAUCUCCACCCAGCCCCGGUGCGACCCAAGCUCCCGGUACGAACCAAGCUUCUGGUGCGAACCAAAGUGCUGGUACGAACCAAGCUUCUGGUACGAACCAAGGUCCUGGUGCAGCUCAAAUCCCCGGUGAGACCCAAACUUCCGGUACGGACCAAGUCUCUGGUGCGCCACAGAGCCCCGACGCGUCCUCACCGGGCUCAGCCGGGCAGGUGGCGCGGACCUGGGCGCGGUUCGCCAAAGCCUUCGUGCUGGUCUUCCCCGUGUACGCCCUCGGUUACCUGAAGUUCAGUAUCAGCUGGUUACUGAUCGGAUUCGCCUUCUUCUUCUUCUGGAGGAGAAACUCGCUCAGUAAGAGGAGCAGACUGCACCAGGCGCUCUCCUUCUUCAACCAGGAGGAGGUCGGUGCUCCUCAGGACCUCCUCACUUCGGAUGUGAUGCCUUCAUGGUUUCACUUUCCAGAUGUGGAGAGGGUGGAGUGGGUAAACAAGACGGUGCAGCAGAUGUGGCCGUAUGUGUGUCGCUUCGUUGAGAAACUGUUUCAGGAAACCAUAGAGCCGGCAAUUAAAGAAGCCAACACACACCUCAGCACGUUCUCCUUCACCAGGAUAGAUCUGGGUGAUCAGUCUCUCAGGGUGAACGGUGUGAAAGUUUACACAGAAAAUGUGGACAAGCGUCAGAUCGUCAUGGAUCUACAGAUCAGCUUUGCAGCAAACACAGAUAUUGAGAUGGAUGUUAGAAGAUAUUACUGCAGAGCCGGGAUCAAGAGCAUCCAGCUCCACGGCGUGUUGCGGGUGGUGCUGGAGCCUCUGAUGGGGGAGAUGCCGCUGGUCGGUGCACUGUCCCUCUUUUUCCUUAAGAAACCGCUCAUGGACGUCGGCUGGACCGGCCUCAGCAACAUUCUGGACAUUCCUGGUCUGAGUGGGUUCUCAGACAGUCUGAUUCAGGACGUCAUCUCCAGCUACUUGGUGCUGCCCAACAGAAUCACCAUACCACUAGUGGGCGAUGUAGAGCUGGAGAAGCUCCGAUUCCCCAUGCCUAAGGGUGUGUUACGAGUCCAUUUCCUGGAAGCGCAGGAUCUCGAGGGGAAAGAUAAGUUCCUAGGAGGGCUGAUCAAGGGGAAAUCGGACCCGUACGGGGUCAUGCUGGUCGCCAAUCAGCUCUUUCAGACCAAAACCAUCAAGGAGUGCCUAAAUCCAAAGUGGGACGAAGUGUUUGAGGCGACUGUGUAUGAAUAUUCAGGACAGCACGUGGAGAUCGAGCUCUUCGAUGAAGACCCAGAUAAAGACGACUUCUUGGGCAGUCUGAUGAUCGACCUGAGCGAGCUUUACAAGGAGCAGAAAGUUGAUGAGUGGUUUGACCUUGAGGAAGCCUCUAGUGGGAAGCUGCAUCUGCAACUGGAGUGGCUUUCACUGCAAUCAAACACUGAUCAGCUACAGCAGGCGUUGUGGAACAUCAGGACUAACGACAGUUUGGCUUCGGCUCUGUUGGUCGUGUACCUGGAUUCUGCUCGAAACCUUCCGUCUGAGCAGCUCGAGUUUAACUCCAGCGCUCCCAAACUUCUGUACAGAGGCUUACUGAAGUCUGGGAAGAAGGUGAACAGCGAUCCGAACCCGUACGUUCAGCUAACGGUCGGACAGAAGACGCAGGAGAGUAAAGUACGUUAUAAGACCUGUGAGCCGCUGUGGGACGAGGCUUUUUCAUUUCUGGUUCAUAACCCACACACUCAGGAACUGCACCUGGAGGUAAAGGAUGCCAAGAACAAGGGGAUUCUGGGUAACGUGCAGGUGGCCCUGGCAAGACUGUUGGCAAGCGAGGACCUGACGCUGACGCAGCAGUUUCAUCUGAAGAACUCCGGUCCAAACAGUUCACUCAAACUCAAGCUGGUUCUCAGAAUCCUUUGCCUCGAAAAGGAGGUCGCGUCGAGUCAGCCGUCCUCGAUCCAAAUCCGACGCACAAGCCAGUGUGUCCCCACGUCACAGAGACAAGAAGCUACCUCACAAAGCACCGCGCCCACCCCACCACCCACGACCACCGCCCACUCCACGCCCAGCAGCUCUCCCGCCCACACAGAGGUCACCUGGAGGGGUAAAAGAGGCUCCGAGGGCUCACCGGUGAGCCUGGCUCAGGUAGAGACACACAGGGACUCGACACGCAGGGACUCCACGCCGAGCAACUCGUCACGGAGAGGCUCGACGCGCAGGGACUCGACACGCCCGGGCUCGACGAAAAGAGAGUCCACGCACAGAGACUCCAUGCAGAGUCUGGCAUCGGACACCUCCAUGCCAGCGGCGUCUCUGGAGCUCCAGCAAAGACUGGCACAGCUGCAGAAUGGAUGUACCUCAUGUCCUCUGGGUGAAGUGCAGCUCACUGUCAGACACAGCUCUCCCAGAAACAAACUCAUCGUGGUGGUGCAUGCUUGCCGAAACCUUAUCUCAGUGGGAAAAGAUGGCUCGGACCCAUACGUCCGUCUCUACCUGCUACCAGAUAAAAGUCGGAGCGGACGACGAAAAACCAGCACAGUGAAGAAAAACCUGAACCCAGUUUACGACCAGUCGUUUGAGUUUAGUGUGCCUACAGUGGAGCUGCAUAGAAGAACAUUAGAUGUGGCUGUGAAGAACGGAGUGGGGCUGCUGUCCAAAAAUAAAGGCCUGCUGGGCAAGGUUCUCGUGGACUUGACAGAUGACGACAUUUCUAAAGGAUGGACACGAUGGUACGAUCUGAGCACGGAUGGAUUAUAGCGGACGGAUGGCGAAUUAAGGGCAUUAUGGGACGCCGCUAAACCCCGGAGCGCCAGUGAACGAAUCAGACGAAUCCAGGCUGCUUCUCUUGGGACUAACAGACCUCAACGAUUCAAUUAAAUCUGCUGUAUUUCACCCGGUCAUUAUGUAGCUCAUGCAGUCGUCACUCCCUCAUUCGUUUACAUAUAUAGUGUACACUAUGUAGACAAAAGUAUUGGGACGCCACUUCUAAUUGUUUGAAUUCACACGUUUAAGCCACAACAGUUGUUAAGAGGUGUAAUAAAUCAAGUAUAUGAAGGACAUGUUAUUCUCAGCCAUACAAAUGCAGCUAAUUCUGACUGAAAGGGCACAAAUUCCCGCAGUUCCAUACAUACUGUAUAUACUGCUUUAUAUGAACACACAAGUAUGUGGACACCUCAUAACCAGAUCACCCCAUUUGCAAGUAUAACAACCUCUAGUUCUCAGUAAAGGCUUUCCACAUGAUGAGGACGGUGGUGUCUGUGGGAAUUUGCGCCCAGACCUUACACUAAUGUUGGUUGGAGCGCCCUGGCUUCUAAUCAGCAUCCCAAUUCAUCCUAAAAAUCUCCAUUAGGGCUGAGGGCGGAGCUCUGAGCAGGCCAAUGGAGUUCCUGCACACCAGAAUUGGUGGACCUCACCUGAAUUUUAUCGACCUGUUAGCAAUGGAUGAGCCUGAAACAUUCAUUCAUCCAUUCACUGUCUGUUUUACCAGCACUUUAUCCCGGUCAGGGUUGCGGUGGGUCAGUUUCAUUUGGGUCGCCAAUCUAUCAAACACAUACACACUUACACUUAGGGCAGUUCGGUCGCUCCAGUCUUUGGACUUGCGGGAGGAGACCGGAGCUCCCGGAGGAAACCCAGGUGGACACGGGGAGAACAUGCAAACUCCACACAGAAGGGACCCUGUCCGUCCAGUCAAGGAAUUGAACCCAGGCCGUUCUUGCUGUGAGACGACAGUGCUACCUACUUUACCUGAACUCAGUAAUUAGAAGGGGUGUCCACAUACUUUUGGCCAUGUAGUGUAUUCUCUCUUGCUCCAGGUUAAGGUGGAAUACAGCGCUGUUUAUAUCAGACUGAUGUAAAGAUGCCAAAGAGGAAAACAUGCAAGUUAAAAGUGUAUAAUAGAUAUUUUUGGACCUGCUGUGUGUUUGUGUAAUAUUUUAAAUGUUUCUUGCUAUUUUAUUUAAUGUUCAUAAAUAAUUUUAAAUGUUUCUUGAUGUUUAUAAACAUGUUAACAAUGUAAAGUUAUUUAUUUAUAGCUUUCAAGUUGAAUACUUUAUUUUCAAAGUAUCGAAUCGUGCAGCGUUGUACAUAAUUACGAGCUUUAUAUCAGGGGUUAAAACAGGGUGGGUUUUUUUGGCCAGUGACCCCAUAUUAAGGGCUUCUCCCCCCGUGGACAGACACGCCUCCUCCGACAGGUGAAGCCACCGAACACUUCUUUACACCCGGCAGCAGCGGAUUCCCACAGAGAGCUUUACACAUAACGAGGACCACGCUAUUCUCUCUGUAAUCCUUCACCCUUUGUACCAGCGCAUCAGCCUGACACUAGGGGUCGCUGUUGCGUUAGCAGGGAGGUGGUUCCCCGUCCAGCCUUCCCUCCCUCAGACCCGGCCGAGUGCCAGUGCUGAGUUUUAACCUCAGGCCAAGUGGGUUUUUAGAUUUCAGAAACGAAAAGUUUCCAACUUUGCAGCAAGAGUUUAGGGAAGGUCCCUUCCUGUUCCAGCUUUAUAAAGCUCAGUGUACAGAAACUCCAGUGUCCUGCACAGAGCCCUGACCUCAACCAAACAGAACAGCUCUGGAAUGCCGUACAAACGCUGCCGUAUUUCGACCGAACGGGCACAAAUUCCCACACGCAGACAUACUUCAAAGUCUCGUGCGAAGCCUCUCAGAGGAGCAGCUGUUGUUCUAGCUGGAAAGGUCACUCUAUUUUAAAUAGGACGUCCAGCAAGCUCAUGGUCAGGCGUCCAAAUACUUUUGGCCGUAUAUUACAUUACAUUGUUUGUUUAAGCAACUCGUUUGGAGUCCUGAGCCUUUGUCUAACACCCAGUGGAACAAAAAGAGUUCGAAUUAAGAGAAUUAAACUUUAUUUAUUAAUAAA